AUGGGGGGAUGUGGUGUUAUUCGUGACCACCUGAGUCGUUGGGUAGCGGGUUGCUACUCAGGUACAGUGGCAGGGAAUGCGUUUAGAGCAGAGGCCAAGGCGCUGGUGGAGGUACUCGAACUGGCUUGGAACAGAGGAUUGCGCAGACUAAUUUGUGAUGUUGACUGUGACAAUUUAGUGAAAAUUCUGGAGGAUGCUGGAGCAAUUCAACUUCACUCUGAAUUUCAGGUUCUUUUUCCUAUUAUCCAGCUUUUGGCACGAGACUGGCAUGUGAGGAUUAAUAGUGUGCACCGUGAUAGCAAUGCCGUGGCGGAUCUGUUAGCUAGGAGAGGUGUUGUCGCUAGUACUUCUGGGGUUUGGAUUCUUGACAGUCCAGACCAUGAUGUUGAGUACAUUCUGUUGAAGGACUCUCUUUCUAUUCCGUAG